GCAACAAGAUACUCUGCAGAUUAAUUCGUCUUUGGUGAAGACUUUCGUUUAACGUAAUAUGUCGGAUUGAGUGUGAAAUUUAACAAUCAUAUCGAGUAAUCAUGGCUUUGAAGUGGUUUUUCAUCUUUAUUUUUAUCAGCUAUUUGAACGCAGAUAUCGAUUAUUCGGAUGAAACCUAUUUGGAUGGAUUUACGUCGAAAUGUACUCCAUUAGAAAGAAGGGACGGUGUGUGUGAGGUUAUUCUGUCGUUUUAUAAUAUUUCAACAUUCCCAAAUAUGCUCGGGCAUCAAAGUAUUGAAGAGGCAAAGGCUGAGUUUUUAGACUUUCAACCGUUAAUUGACGCUAAAUGCUCCAAAAGCCUAGAAAAAUUACUGUGUUUUAUUUAUUUUCCUCCUUGUACUACAUAUAACAGUUUACUUAAAGUAUGCCAAUCAUAUUGUGAAGAGGCCGUUACUAAAAAAUGUCGGGAAAUUUUAAAAAGCGUUAAAAAGCGUCCUCCUGUACUAGAAUGCGGACAGUACCCCCGUUCGGAUAGCAAGGAUAAUAUUAUUUGUAUUACACCCAAUGAUACGCUUUCAAAAAGUGGCGGGACUGUCUACACAACAACCAUAAUCUACCCAAAUUAUAUUGACGAAACUUCCGAAGAAUCUAAAGAAG